AUGAGCUGCUGCAAUCCAGCCAACGGGGGAGAAGCAGGGGUCUACUUCCUCCCUAUCUUCCCCAUGGAGUAUGAGUGGGACCGAGGGUUUCGCGCCUUCUUGUACCUGGUGGGUCUGCUGUGGAGCUUUUUGGGUGUUUCUGUGCUCAGCGAUGUGUUCAUGACCGGCAUCGAGAGGGUGACGAACUCGACGAGGAAGGUGAGACGGCCGAAGCUCGACUCCAACGGCAGAGCGAUCCUGGUGGACGGUCAAGAGCAGUACGAGGAGGUGCAAGUCUUGAUUUGGAACCCAGCGGUAGCCAACCUCACGCUCAUGGCCCUGGGGUCGUCGACCCCGGAGAUCCUCCUCUCAGUCAUUGAGAUCUGCUUCUCAGGCUUCUACUCGGGCGAGUUGGGGCCAGGGACGGUCGUUGGGUCGGCCGCGUUCAACCUGUUUGUGAUAACUGCACUCUGCAUGCUCUCGAUCCCUAAGUCGGAGACGAGGAAGAUAGACGGGUUCCUCUCCUUCUGCAUCACCACCGUCUUCUCAGUCUUCGCCUACCUGUGGGUUUACAUCUCUGUGAUGGACAACGUGGUGACAGUGGCGGAAGCUGUCAUCACCUUCUGCAUGUUCCCACUGCUGACGUUGAUGGUGUACAUGGCGGACAACGGGCUCUACUCGAAGAUGUUCUACACCAUAGCAAGAAUCCGACCGGACGAGCUCGACGAUGAGACCCCGCCGCCUGCACCCAUGACAUCUACCCCACUAGAGUCCUUCCGCUCCUUCUCGGCGCUUCAGACCAGUCGCUCGAUCAUCGAGGACGGAGGGAAACUCUUCCUGCGGCAGAACCAGUCUCGCGUCAAGUAUCGUCACCUUGCUCUUCAGAGCCUCAUGGGAGGCAAGAAGAUCACGCCCGAAGACCUGCAGGCCCCGGAGCUCUACAUAGAGAAGAACCUGAUGGAGGCAGAGGCCGAGUCGCUUCUCCCUGUGAUCCAGUUUGAGAGCCCGAACUUCUCUUUCCUCGAGACUGUCGGGAUUGCCAAACUGGUUGUGACGCGUCAGGGGAACUUGUCGGUGGAGGCAGAUGUUGAGUACCAAACCAGAGAUGGCACAGCAAAGAACUCGGUGCACUACGAGCAAACCAGCGGCGUCCUCCACUUCGAUCCCUUCGAGACUGAGCAGACCAUCUUGAUUCGUAUCCUGCAUGACUUGGAAUGGAACGAAGAUUUGGAGUUCACGACGGAGCUUUCGGUCGUGGAUUCUCAGCUCGUGAAACUUGGGGGGAUGUAUCAGGCCGUCGUGACCAUCAUCGACAUGGACGGGCCGGGGGUCUUCGAGUGGGUGGAGAAGGAGCCUCAGUUCUUUCUCAGCUCGGACAGCGCGGCAUACCUCCAGCUGCAGAGGAUGAAGGGAUGCACUGGCGAUGUCAAGAUCAGGGUGAGGACAGUCGACGACAGCGCGCAGGCAGGACAGCACUUCGUCGGCAUGGAUGAGUUGGUGUCCUUCAAGGACUGUCAGGCCUCCAAGACUGUCAAGAUUCGCCUCCAGAACUUUGACAAGCCUGAGGACGCGGGGGAAGACUACAUGGUUCGAUUUUUUGUUAAGAUACAAGACAUGGACGACGGUUCAGGCAUUGUGAUCAGCGAGUACGACACGAUAGAAGUGCGAGUUGAGCACAGGGAGCAAGCCGACGAGGACGAGGAGAUCACCUGGACGCAGCAGUUCAAGCAGGCGCUGAGUGUCAACGGAGGUCAAGACAUGGCUGACGCCAGCGCUACUGGGCUUGUGCUGCACUACAUCUCCAUCACCUGGAAGCUCGUCGCUGCCUUCAUCCCUCCUCCGUCCAUCUGGGACGGCUGGGCGACCUUUUGCGUCGCCCUGGGGAUGAUCGGGGUGGUGACCACACUGAUCAACGACCUUGCCUCCAUCUUCGGCUGCAUCAUCGGGCUCGAGGACCCCGUCACUGCCAUCACCAUCGUCGCUCUCGGCACCUCCCUCCCCGACACGUUCGCCUCCGUCCUCUCCAUCCGGGCGGAUGACAACGCUGACAACGCCGUCGGGAACGUGACGGGCAGCAACUCCAUCAACGUCUUCCUCGGUCUUGGGCUGCCCUGGACGAUUGCGGCGAUUUACUGGCACUACACACCUCCGACUGCGAGGUGGUUGGAAACUUAUCAAGGGACACCCGGCAACCGUCCAAGAAUGUAUCCAAGCGUGCAGAACAACAAUGCUUUCCUGCCGGAGAACGGGGGCAACGGCGGGUUUGUGGUAGCAGGAGGGAACUUGGGGUUCAACACUAUCUACUUCACGAUCCUCACCGUCAUAGCCAUCUCCACUUUGCUGCUCAGGCGCUUCGUCUAUGGACACGAACUUGGAGGAGAAGGAAUGAUUAACAAAGUUUCGGCUGCUCUGUUCCUGCUGUUGUGGUUCGCCUAUAUCAUAGUCGCAAGCUUACAGACUUACUAUCCAAGCUCCUUCCCCGCCUUCUAG